AUGACACAGAAGCUGGAGCAGAGGAUGCACAAUGGGAAAGUGACGAGCGUCACAAAUAUCUCAGACGCUGGUGAUCAGCAGCAAUUGCGUGAAGAACGCAAUCUUUCGCCCCCAGAAGUCUCAUUCGACGAGGACCUAGCGCAGUCAUUAGCCUCGUUGCCACCCCUAGGCGAUAGAUAUGAGCUACAACAGGAGAUCAUGGAUGCGCGUCUGAGUACACGAGACAACGAGGGUCAGAUCGAGACAUUCAUUCCCAAGGCCAAAUUGCGUCAUGUGAUAACGGUUGACGCUGUAACGCGAGAACUAACUAGGACUGCGACGCAAUCCACGGUGCGACUUUCAUCCGAAGAAAUACAGUCCUACGCAAGGAUGGUGUGCACAGAAAGUGAGGAUGAAAGGCAAAAGGGAACCACCAAAAUCACGACGUUCCGCAAAAUAUUUGCACUCUUGGUGCUAAUCGAAGCUGUUUCUUCGAUCGUGGACUUCGUGAGAGAGGGAGUCACGGAUCAAGAUCUACCCCUCGUGAAACAUGACGAAACCGGCGAACUGUAUCGUAAAGGCGGUCAAAUCUGUGUUCCUCGUGGUUGCUUCAAGGAGUGGUCACCCUUGAAGCUUGAGAACUUCCAACGCUAUCAGUGGUGGCUACUUGCGACAUACUUCUCGCCACCCGACGACGACGGAGUAGUAAAGAACUACAAACUCCAAGACCAGCACAUCCUCCCUUUCCUCACCCCGGGCAAUGCCUUGAGUCAGUCUAUUGACAAGACUGGUGGCUACGGGAAAGUAAUCAUGGUUAAGAUACCCUCCGAUCACCACAAUUUCAGCGACAAGCGGCUUUGCGAGCGCGGUUUCGCCGUCAAACAACAAGUUCACGACGAAAAUCGCGACGCUUAUAAGAGAGAGAUAGAGAUACUGAUGAAGUUCAGUGGCGGGCGAAGUCAUCCACACAUAGUCUCCUUGCUUGCAACGUAUGAACAGUUCAACAGAUUCAAUCUGAUCUUCUACCGCGCGGAAGGCGAUCUAUUCGACUAUUGGAAGAAGCUCAAACCAUUUCCGGUCCUCCAUCACAACAAUGUCAACUGGUUUGCCAAGCAGUGUAGCGGGCUUGUCGAGGGCCUGUCGAAACUUCACAAGCUACUAUCGUUCACCAAACCUCAGCUCAAGAUCGAGGAAGAGCAAUCAGAAUACUCAUACGGUACGUCACUUCGAUAG